AUGAGAAGCACACGAAGCGAUGAAGGAGACGAUCCAUAUCCGCAAAUCGAUGGCGCAAAAGGGCUAGUGAAAAAUUUCGGUCGCCUCCUGAACAAUACUUGUCUAUGUUCUCGAUAUAAUGAUCCGUCGACAACCAAGGUGGCUAUAUGGAUGCCCAUUGCAAACUACACUUCCGAAAGCUAUACUGAUCUUUUGACGACACCCUAUGUCCACUAUGUGGUUCCAUUUUAUCAACCUUACGUGAGUUCUCUCAAUAUCAUAUCAAUCUUCCUCAUUUCUGUCUCGCAUUUUCUUAAUGCUUUACUAUAUUGGCCAUAUGGCAUGAGAAGUCAGAACUGA